GUGUCAUUAUGGUAAAGGUGAGAAUGGAAUAAGCUGCUUUGUGGGAGUGUGCUUUUACCCAACCUAUGACCACUGUAUUCUGUAUGGGAGAGGUGGUGGUGGAGGUUUCCCUCAAGCAGCAGCCGUAGCAACAUGUGGCUGUGGGCAUUGCUCCCCGUCUGCCUGGCUGUCUUUGGCACUGUGGGCAUUUGGACUGUGUUUGCUGUAGCUGUAUCAAACGGAUCAGUCAACCUCACAGAAGGAGUCCCUUUCAUCAGUCAGUGUGGCACCUACCAGCCUCAGAGCUGCCUCUUCUCCCAGAUCUGCAGCAUCUGCUCUGUUUUAGCCCUGUGGAUUGUGGUGAUCCGUUUCCAGCAGGUUAGGGACUGUGGUAACCAUGGGAAGGCCAACAUAGCCAGCAUAGUGUUGGGAUUCAUCUCCUCCGUAGGAAUCUCCAUCACUGGCAACUUCCAGCAAUCCGUCCUAAAGAGUAUUCACCUCUUGGGAGCGUUCCUAGCUUUCUUCCUCGGCCUGGCCUACUUCUGGAUGCAGCUGUUUCUCACCUAUAGAGCUCAGCCGUCUCGGGACCGAUGCUGGGUUGGACCUGCCAGGGCCACCAGCUGCUCUCUGUGUACCAUCCUGGUCGUCGCUAUGGUCGUUUUCCACAACACUGGCUCUCCCUCUGAGGCUGCUGUGUGUGAAUGGGCCUUGGUCAUGUUGUUCUUCUGCCUGUUUGGACUUUUUGCAGCCGAGUUCAGACACAUCGACUGCCACCGCCUCACCAUACAGAAGCAAGCUCUUGGGGAUGGCCGCAGCCCUGCCUCAGUAGAAAUCAAUGGUCAUGUCGCAAAUGCACUCAGCUGAACACACAACAAUCUUACCUGCAUUUGCCAUUUUGUCUUUAAUGUAGUCACAAUGACUGCAUUAUUUUCAAAAUGUACACAUAACAUUUUCUGUUUUUGAUAUACUACACUGUACAAUAUCAAUUUUUAGAUUUGCAAUUUUGAAAAAUACAAUAAUAUCAGGUAUGAUAGCUGUAUAUUUGAAUCUUUUAACAAAAAACGGUAUUUGAAUCUUUUUGAACAUUUUUAAGUUUUUUCAAGAUUUACUAUUUAUACCUUUACCUUUUUUUGCUGAUAAAUAUAUGAGGAUAGUAAAGAAUGAGUUUUCUUUCUAUUUCUUUCCAAAGAUAAUUUGACUAUUGACUUAUUAAUCGUUUGACUUAGUCUAUAGAACUUGUCCUGACCUAAACUGCAAUAAAUGUAUAAGAAC